UGUAUUUUCACUUUCAGUAGAAUUCGAUCCAAGUUGAUCUGACUUACAACAGCAACUUAACCUCUGAAUUUUGCGUAGUUUUUCACAUAACACAUCAGAACAACUAGUAAACACAAGAUGCGAAAAUAAAUUAUAGUGCGCAAUAAGAGUCUGUUCGAACUUGCAUUCAAACGCAACAGACUAAUACAAUUGUCUGUGGAGAUCAGUGCUGUUGACAGAGUGAAAAUGGCUCUUAAUGGGUUGCUAAGUUCCUUGAUUCGCUGCAGCACUGGAAAUUACAGUAGCUGCAGCAGUGCCACCAGUGUAGUCCUAUUUCAGAGAUGCUCUAGUCAUAGUUUAAGAAUAGCUUAUUAUUCAACCAAAAAUGAAAAGAAAGUGGAGAUUACCAACUACAUGCUGCAGAGAUACUCAAACUACAUUAGAAACUUUGAAAGUUUACUUGCGAAAAGAUUUCCAAAAGCCAUGACUGUUUAUAGAGGGUUCAUGGAUGGAGUGUCCUUUUUCUAUCAGGAUGUAAAGCAGUUCAUGAAAAUCUUACCUAAAGUUAAUGUACCUGGCAAGAGUUUGCACAAAUUAACCAGACACGAAUUAGAAAUUUAUGAAAGAGUACCUAGAGAAAUGGUUAAAUUGGCACCUGUAUUGAUUGGUUCUGCACUCCCGGCCGGCUAUAUGGUGCUCAUGCCAUUGGCGUAUCUAUUUCCGAAGCAGUUAAUGACUGAACACUUUUGGACGCCAGAGCAGAAGAAACGCUUUGGAGACGAAAAAAUGAUCAAUCGACUGAAACACAGCAAUGCAAUCAUAAAACUGUUGACGGCGCCGAAUGUGUGCAUACAGAGUCAGAUCGUGGAUGCAAAACUGUGGUUGUUGCUACAAGCCGAGAUGAAAACGAAGCAGAUUAUUCUUCCGCAUAAAUAUAUUGGUUGUAUUGAUAUGUUUAAGGGUAUUCCAUUUCAUUUGGAUAAAAUGUCUAGAUUGCAUUUGAUGCACUUAGCAAAACUCCACGACGUCAACACAUUCUGGCGCACCAAACGAAAACUGAGACACAAAGCGCAGUUAAUUCUAGCGAUGGAUCGUGCCAUAAUCAAAGAAGGUGGCAUUAAAAACUUGACCGCUGAACAAAUGCGCAAAGUCUGUCAUCUUAGAGGUUUAAACGCUGAAGAUCUCGACGUAGACACAAUGAUGAAGUGGUUAAAUAAAUGGAUGCACAUCUCAGUUUCAGCUGAUGAAAAUGCCCUCUCGUUUCUAUUGCAUGCGUCCGCGGUGUUAGGAUACAACGCUCCUGCGAAUCGCAGACUCUUGAAAUCGGAAAAGUCAGCGUUGAGUAAGCUGCGGUUGAACAGUAGAGCCGCCUUGAAGCGUAUGACACAUUAAACCAAUUUCAGAGAGGUGGUUGAGCAGAAGAAGAAGAAAACGUCACUAGCUAAUUUAAUGAUAACAAUUAUUGAUAACAAUGUGAAAGUUGUGCCUACACCAAAGAUGAGGACAGUUUUGUUUGUUAAUUGUUACAACAAACCGGUUUGUUUAUUUCAAGCAAGAAAUAUAUUUAUUUGAAAAAUUA